CGAAAUCAGGGGCCACUGCCAUGGAUGGCUGCAAUUGGUGAUGCAGACUUGUAGGUCGGCCCGGUCCAUCCAUGUUCCCUAUAUACCUAUACCUGCUCAUUUUUGCUGGAUCUGGAUCCCUCUUCCUCGCACUUUUACGACUUAUCAUGGUGCUGGAGCUGGACGGAGAGUCUCCCACCUCGACAGCAAGCCCCCUUGAACGAAUGGCCGUACCCGCUGAUCCGGUGCGCAUAAGCACACGAAUGUCGAGAGGGGAUUGCCCACCGAUACGCGUGUCAUCUUUUGCUAUUGACGGUUCGGACACCUGGUGGUCCUCGUGCAUCAAUUCGAAUACCUGCGUUUUUACUCCUCCACCUCGCCUCGAAGCCGGGCAUUUUCGUAUACCCGUCACGUCACCUGCAUGUCUUCAUUGGGACUGUAAUCUGCGUCAUAAUCUCCUUCGUCACAGUCUUUUGCAGCAAUCGCCGGUCUAGAGAUCGGCCUCGAGAAGGCGGCACAGUACCUUACCUACCUCUAGUAGGUUUGGCCGGCAGGCUUUUGGAUGGACCGAACGCGGCAUUGAACCUAACUAAUGUAGGUACUGCACAAUACAUGCCCGUUGACCGAGUAGAACUCUAAAUUGGGCGAGC